AUCCUCCACAUCCAAUUUCCAUCAGAUCAAAUCACAAAUUCGCAAUCCAUUUUAAGAGAAGAGAAAGUAGAGAGAGAAAAUGGCAGGAAUCAUGCAUAAGAUCGGAGAGACCCUCCACAUGGGAGGCAACAAGGAGGAGGACAAGAAGAAGGCGGAGCACCACGUCGGAGAACAGCACAAGCCGGAGCACUAUAGCGGAGAUCAGCACAAGCCGGAGCACUAUGGCGGAGAUCACAAGCCGGAGCAACACAGUGGCCAGCCCAAGGAAGGAUUCAUGGAUAAGGUGAAGGACAAGAUCCAUGGCGAUAAGAGCCAUGGCGAUGGCCAAGACAAGGGCGAGAAAAAGAAGAAAAAGGAGAAGAAGAAGCACCACGACGGUCAUGAGAGCAGCAGCAGCAGCGACAGCGAUUAGAUCUCAUAGAUCUCUCCGCUUUUACGCUCCUAUCUAGCUAGGUGGAUGGAGUGAUGUGGAAGGAGUUUUUAUUUUUUUUUAAGUUACUGUUGCCAAAAUAAAAAUAAAAACAGAAAAGAAAAAAGAAAUGGAUAUUUGCUGUUUGAAUAGCUACUUCCGAACAGUAUUAUUAUGGAGUUUGUCUUUACUCGAGUGAAGGAGUGAAUGUAAUGCCUAGUACGUUAUGUUUAUAUUGUGCUAAUAAUAUUGUUGUGUUUAUGGAUUUA